CAGCGGCGAGCGGCGAGCGUCUCUCGCUUUUUUCCCCCCAAGCGGCCUGCGCAUGCGCCUCUUGAACUAUUUUGCUCUUGAAUUCCCGGAAGCGUCGCCCGAAUCUCGGAAAUGUCGGAGGAGGAGCAGCCCCAGUGCAAGGGCCGAGUGCGAAGGUGCGCCGUCCUCCUGCCGCGCAACAAGCUGAUCAACAUCAUGCCGAUGAUGCGGGGCCUGAACCCGCGGGAGGUGCCCUCGGGGGACUACCACGUGACGGUGGAGACCGUGGAGACGCCGCUGUGCCCGUUCGGUGAGAUGCUGGCCGAGGGCGGGGAGCUGCCGGAGGCAGCAGGCAAGGAGGAGGAGGAGCUCUUGGUGGCCGGCGACAUGGAGCUCAAAAGCGAUCCGGAAGUCAUCAACCUCGAUUCGAGUUCCAGUUCCAGUUCCAGUUCUAGUUCCAGUUCUGGUUCCAACUCAUCUUCGAGUUCCGGUUCGAGUUCGAGUUCGGGCACGGGUUCGAGUUCGAGUUCAAAUUCCAGUUCGAAUACGAGUUCGAGUUCGAGUUCCGAUUCGGAGAAGAGUUCGAACAGAAGUGGCGGGGAAAUUUUCGACUCGUUCGAGUUCAUGGAGCGGCCCCUGAGCCCGGAGACCAGCCUGGACAUGUUCCCGAUGUCCUACUCGCCCCCGCCCCAGUACUGGGUGGACUACGAGUCCGACACGCCCCCCGACUCGCCGCCAGACUCCUGGAUCGAGGACUACGCCUGGAUGGACUUUCCGAAUCCGCAGACUGCCGAGCUGAGGACCAUGGAGCCCCAGAAGCCGGAGCAGGAGCAGGAGCUGGAGCAAGUGCAGCAGAAGGAGGAGAAGACACCAAAGAUGCCCCCACAGCUCCCCACGAACGCCUCCAACUCCCCCUCGGAGCCAGUGUCCCCCGCCUGCUCCUCCUGCGUCUGGUGUCCCCGGAAUCUCUGCGAGAACGCCCUCCGACGCAUCCGGAACCCCAUCACCUUCCAGGGCACCGUCGGCGACUGGCGCGGCGUGGAGGCCAUCUGCAUGCGGCUGCGGGACAUCGAGGUGCCGGACAGGGACGGCCGGCUGGAGGCGCCCGUGACCUUCGACGAGCUGUUCGAGGUGCUGGGCCUGGAGGACGCCGCCGACGAGGAGAUGCCCCAGCUGCCGCAGCUGCCCAGCCCCCUGCUCUCGCUGAGCCCGCCGGCCUGGCUCAUCGGCUCCGACUUCGACCAGAUGAUCGCCAAGUCCAAUGUGGCGGACGAGAACGACGAGAUCUUCGGGAACCUGAGCGACAGCUCCCCGGACCCUGCAGAGCGCGAGGAGGAGCUGGACGUCGGCGUGGAGACCUUCGAUGCCGCAUGCCCCAAGGUCCUUGUUGAGCCCGACGAAGAGGAGGAGGCGGAGGAGGCGGAGGAGGAAGAGGAGGAGGAGGAGGAGUAUAGCAGCGGGGAUGAGGAGGAGGACUCUGCCGAGUCCAAUGACGAGAAUGGCUCCGACACCGAGUGGAUGAUGCCCGUGGACGUGGAGUCUGAUGCCUCCGAGACCUAGAAGCCACCAAGGAGCAGAAGCUAUAGAGCUUGGAGAUAAAAAAUGUCAAAAUAUUAAAAUAUUUAAAAUUAAGGGGGAAUAAUUAAGAGAAUCAAUCAAAACUUCUCACGGAAUAAGAUUUCUCGCUUCCCUUCACAUAGAAUCUUAAAUAUUAAACAAAAUAUUUAACAACA